GAGAAAAAUUAUUCAUUACAACAGGGCUGGAUCUUCAGACAACGAUGGGAAAAUAUAUCGUGUGAUAGAAUAGACGCAGAUUUGUUCGAUUUGCUGUGUAUUAGCUUGUAUAUUUGGGGUGAAAAGCCUGUUUUGUAUCACACGUAGUAGUUUAAUGUUCUUGUGCGUGUAGUUGUCCUAAAUUGAACAAUUCCGCAAGCUUCCCGACACGGCCAAGUGUUUCGCACAUCAUCAUCUGUCCAGCAUCGAUCUUCCGAAGGGCAACCGACCGGAGGACAUAAUUGAAAAGUGUGUAAGUAAUCUCAAUUAAACCCUCCAAACCGUCUCAUUAGCAAGCUGUCAUCGUCGUCGUCGUCGAUCGGUCACCAGUAGAAGGCUAGCGUGCGUCACACUUCCCUGUCGAUGGUCCCGGUGCUCCCGGCACACCAGCUCUGCCAUAAUUUGCAUGCUUGUUCUUGCUCUUGCGCCGCUCUGGUUCUUCGGGCGCACACGCCAGCCGGGCCAAUAAUUAUGACGCAUUCGUUCCUCUGCCGCUUUGAGGUACUGCACAUACACACACCCGCCGGCCUGGCGGGAGAGGGAGUGAAAGGUGCAUUUAAGAACGGUUGCUAGGAGAUGCAUUCAAUCACACCUGUUGUAUUGACGGGCGGUGGUGCUUGUGUGGAUGGUUAAUUGGUGCAGAGUGGCAGGAAGAUGUGCCCACACUCGUUUGCAACUCCGGGAAGCUAUAGGCCCCGCCAGAUGGUCAUUCGUUGACAUUGGAAGUUGACCAAAAUCUUGACUGAGAAAUGAAGUGAAAAGCGCUCGGCUCGGCUGGAUGUAUGCGAUGCCGCCAGCAGGUGAUUGGAUGUACGGAUGAGGACAGAAUGAUGCCACUGCUACCGUUCGUUGCCGUAGCCAUUUGGAUGCAACUGUACACGCCGGCAUCGAUUACACGUAUCGAAAUGAUAAGCAUGGCCACAACAGCACAAGAACGUGACAUGUAACAUGUGUCCAAUGGAUAGCAGGUGCUACUUUCUACUGCCCUUUAGUACGUUGGCCGUACCGGUACCGGAAGAAGCGACAAGGGGCAGUGCCGAAAUCCUGUUUUAUAGCGGAAGUGCAUUCUCUCGGAUGAGACGCUCGUUGAUGGUGUGUGGUGUACGUACGGUGGUGCAAGCGUCAAUGUGCAUUUGUUGUUCUGGUACUGGGCAACCCGGCACGCCACACGAGGUUGAGGAAUCGAUGGAUACUUCCUGUCACACGGCACCGUCGGACGAGUUGGCUUCCGGUUCUGUUCUGAGCGCUAAUCGAAGCAAACUAUCUUAAGCAACGGUAAAAAGGUCAAUGUCGAAGUGUUAUCCGUCCGUUGCAUUGCGUUGCGGUGCAAAAGAGGGCGGAAAGGGGGGGAGUGAUGUGCAGCAGUUGGGUUUGCUGUGGUGCAGCCACUGCACACGGCUUCCGUGCACCCUCCCGCUUCCGGUGCGGAUCGGUACACAAGCAUCAAUUUUGUUUGUUACGCUUUGUAUUGAUAUCGAUCAGAAUUGUUUUUUUUUUUGGUUUUACG